CAGGGUGUUUGUAUUUAUACAUGGACUAUAAGAGGGCAGUCACCCUGCAGGACAAGGACACAUCAUGUUUUGCUGCAGGAGGCAGUACAGGAAAUCUGGAUUUACUUGAGGGUGUAUUUCUCUAAAACCUUCUUCACCAUGAAGACAUUUUGCUUCAAUUGUGUGUGCAAUGAAAUGCUGCUCAGCAGAAAGCCAACUGAAAGGAAUUAGUUUCAACAUUUUUGCUCUUUUUGUUAUGUGGGUGGAAGACACAAUCAGGAUGGCUUCUACAAAUAAAAGAAAUUCUGCAGUGAGAAUUCAAAAUACAUUUUGCCCUGAAGGUGGAGUCUGCAAGCAUGGAUUCCUCAUCAAAUCCCCACCUCUUCAACUUCUCAGCUCACAGAAUUCCUGGAAAAGGCGUCUUUUUGUCCUGUCCAAAUCCAGCAGAGGGAAUUACAUCCUGAAGUAUUUAAAAGGCCAACACAUAAAAGGCUCCAUAGCUGUUGAUCAAAUCAUAAGUACUGAAGUUGGUAUAAGUAAUGCUGAAAUUAUGGGAACGGUGAGGAAGAUGUUUAAAUGCCUUCCUGAGCAGGUGAUGUCCAUCAGCACUGGGAACAGAUGUUACUACCUCAUUGGGAACAGCAGGCAGGAAAUAGAGGACUGGGUCACUCUGAUAUCUUCAAUCUGCAGGGAGGACAAAAGAAGUGGAUGCUGCCCUCAGAAUCGAGAUCUUACUAAUCCAGAAGUCAGAAGCCGGCCUUCCUCUUUGCCACUGUUCUUAAAUUCUGUAGAUAUGACCAACUUUCCAGACAGGCAAAGCUACCAGAAGGAGAAUGGUUCCUCAGAAGACAAGAACAGGCCUUAUUCAGAUCCUGGCCCCCAUCAGGCUCAGUGUGACUCACCAAGAGGAGUUUUUCCAAGCCUGCAGGAUAAAAUUCUGGGAAGUGAGGAAAAUCUGCCAUUGUCAGAUCCAGAGGAAAACAUCAAAAAGGACGAAGAAGAUUAUUACCAAACUCCCAGCAACGUUUUAGCAAAGUGCACUGCUGAAGUAUCAAAGCCUGACCUUACAGCUGAGUCUGAUGUCCCUGUGCAAGAGAAGCCAGUGCAGAGCAACCCAGUAAAGGAGAACAUUUAUAUGUCAAUGAAAUCACUUAAGCUGCUGGAUGAGAGAUGCCAGCUCACGUGCAGACAUGAUGGCCUCCCAUCCCCUCCCAUGAACAACAGUGCAUGUCCAAGAGACUUGGAAGCAGACAAAGACUCAAAAUUCCCAGAGAGCAGCGCCAGCCUGCAGCCACCCCUCCAGAGAAGGCAAAGCUCAUUACCCCUCUCAGUGGUUCACCUGUCUAUACUGCUCAGCCAAGUUACAGAUGAGAUGCAGCUGCAGAAAUUGGAUAUUUUCGUACCCCUGGCUGACAUUAGCAAUUACCUAAAACUUACUGAAGCAGCAGGACGAAUAUGCAUUGCACAGUGGACAGGUCCCCACAGACUGGGCUGUUUGUUUAACCACGGAGACCACGUGGUGGCUGUGAAUGAUCUGCAGCCCCAAGGUGUGGAGGAGGCUUACUUCUUCAUCAGCAGGUCCACGAGAAAGGAGGUGAAACUCACUGUGUGUAGGAUUCCACAUUCAGAUAUCUUCCAUGCUAAAGGCUGCUCAUGUUCCUGAAAAAAAAGACCUCAAUGAUUAAUGGUGUUCAAAGGCCUGUUUGUGCUGAAUUCUGCAUAAAUAUAGAGGGAACUCCCAGUUCUGGAACUGCAGAGGCUGAAAAUGGAAGAAAACACAUUCCUUGGGAGCUCUUCUCCAAAGCUGCCAUGGGAGUCCUUUGCUCUGCACUGCUGCUUUGAGCACAGCAAAUCCAUUUCUGCCUAAGGAGCCCCUGAGGGAUGGGGUGGCUGUCACUAUACAGCCCUUCUGCCAGCCCUGUAACUCUGGCAGUCUGCUAGGACAGUCCCCACAGCCUGAAUCCUAAAAUCACAGAUCACCUACUUCAAGAACAUCUACUGAGGAUGUCAUCCUCAGCCUUUCCUGGCCAAAGUUUGCCUGAGCACUGCUUCUGAAUUUUGGAAAAGUAAAGUCCAAAUUUUAGUUGGGACUCCAAGACUCAUCCCUCUGUAAAAUCAGGAAAUCUUUUUCUAAUAUUUACCCUAGACAAUUUUUUCAGAAAUUUUUUUCUUGCCCUGUUUUCAGUGGGCAUAGGGAAUGUUUGGAUUGCCCCUGUCUGCAGAGAAAUCUUCAUUAUGGAAGGCAUUUUUUCUACCUUCUCUUCUCCCUUCUCUUUUUCUUAGACCAAACAUUCUGCAUUCUUCCAUCAUUUUUCCAAACAGUUCCUGAAAAUGGCCACAUGACACUGAACUGCGAGACAAAUGCUUUGUGUUUCCAGUUAUGGAUGAGCAAAGUGAGAAAUUGAAAUACAAAGAAUUUCAUCAAAAAGAAAUCCAAAGACAUGAAGCAAUUUCCUAGAAUUCCAUAGAGAAACAUUUCUCAGAAGAGGUGACUCAGUGAAGAAGAUCCCCCAUGGUGGUGGGAGAAGAGCCACCUGCAUGGGACCUGCUCCUGAAGCAGAUGUUGAGCACUGCAUGCUGCACCUCUCAGCCGUGGAAGGAUGCUACUUUUGGACAAAACCAGGAUUUGGUUAGAUAUGUACAGAAUAAUUCCAGAAUAUUUUAGAGAACUGGGGUGUUACUUCUGUGCUUCAGUAAACAGUUACUGAUGUGUUACUCCAUAAUUGAUCAUUAUGUCAGUUUGCACAGUGCUAAAUGCAGAUAAUUAAUGUCACAUAUUGGCUGAUUCAUAACACUUACAGAGAUACAAUAUGGAAAUGACAUUGGUACAGUAAAUUCUGCUAGGGUGUGUGAAGUUGUCUGCCCACACAUGAUUAAUAAAUGUGCUAACACUUUACAACACAUUGUAUGCUGCAACAUACCUCGUUUUCUCCUAACAUGGCCCCGCCUUGUCCUGCAAAGAUUACCUGUAACUUCUUCUGUAAUCUGCAGCUGAGUCACUAGAUAGCCCUUUUAAAAAAACCUACACUUAAAUAAAGAUUUAGGUUGUUUCCCUG